AUGGACCAGCAACCGCACCUCAACAAUAAUCCUUAUCCUCCAUAUUCGCCUGCCGACGGCGCACGUCGUCCUCUCCCACCUCACUCUCGGCGAUCCGCCUCCAUCGACACGAUCGCGAACACAGCACAGGGUGCGAGAAUGCAGAUUGAGCGGCAGAAUGGCGCAAUGCCUAUGCCGGUGGGCAACAACCAGCGCUUCCCGAUGAUGGAAGGCAACGGCAACGGACUACCGCAGCGUAUGGCUGUCAGUCCGCCCAAGAACAAGAACACUCAACAUGUUCCUUGCAAGUUCUUCCUCCAAGGGCAAUGCCAAGCUGGCGCAAUGUGCCCAUUCUCGCACGAUAUCGAGUCCACGACCCGACCGGCACCUUGCAAGUACUUUGCGAAGGGAGGCUGCAAAUUUGGCAGAAAAUGCGCCCUCCUACAUAUCACACAGGAUGGGCAUGUCGUGAACCCCCGGAUGCCAUAUCCACCGCCACAGCGUUACAUGCAGGGUCCACCACAACCUCCACCACCUUCAGCAUAUGGUCAACCACCGCCAGGAUUGCUGUCAAUGCAGGCGCAAGGUCUCGAACAACGGCCGAAUGGAGGAGACAUGACGCCGCAGGAUUUCGAGCACUACCAGUAUGCACCGCGAAGUGGCUACGACACUCCCCAGAUCGAUAUGACUUACACCUCGGCAUCACCCAAAUAUGGUUCACCUCCGCAACAAGACCGCAUCGCGACUUCACCACCUCAGAAAGGACUAUCUGUGCUUGACGCUCCUCUACCAAACUCUUUCGACAGCAAUGGCAUAUCUUUCGCCGCACGCAAUGGACCUUUCGCAGCGUCUGUACCCUCAAAAUGGAACCUAGACUCUCCGCCUUCUUCCCUCCCUCGAAACUCGCAGCUUGGCAGCACGGCUCUACGAGACUUGCGCACUUCAGCUUUCGGCGAUCGAGGUAUGGACAGUUUGAUCGCGAGCAUGGGAUCCUCACCACCAAGCGGCACGGACGAGCCGAUCUCAUUCGAGAAGCGACCUCUACACUCGGAUAGACUACGAGCCUCGCGCAACUUCAUGUCAGCUAGCUUGGGCACACGACCACCCAUGAUGGGCAACUUCAUCGAGUCCUCAGAUGAUGACGAUGGAGCGGACUCGGAAAGGGAAGAAGAUCUACUUCCGUCUAGCCUACACGAUCUGAUCCCGGAUAUCAAGGCCAGGAAAGAGUCGAGGUCGUCGCGCAACCACGAAGAUGGCAGCCCAGCCUCGUUCUUGGCAGCUUCGCGACGUUCGAUAUCUGGCCAUACUUCGCCGCAUUUGUCAGGCAGCCCAGGAUCUCGCUUUUCGGGGAUGUUCUCACAGAAUGCGGCCCGAGAUGGCCUUGGCCAUGUUGGUUCACCUUUGCGCGACUCUUCCUUCCCUACAUCGCAUUCUGCUGGCUUCUCAUCGAAUGGCGAAUUGAGUCCAGGCCUCAGCAGCCCUCCGCGACAAGCUAGCAUGAGCAUGCUUACACAGGAGCUGCAACGUACGAAGCUGGAUGCAGCACGCGGGAAAGGAGCCCCAGCACCCACAAGAACGCUGUCGAACGGAUCUGCCGGUAGGACCAGCAUGGAUCGAGCGCUGAGCAGCAAUAGCGUCAGCCAGCGGAUCGAAGAAGAGCAGGAGGUCUUCAGCAUGGACUUUGACAGCACGCCAAAGCGGAACGACAUCAACUUUGGAGCAAUAGGAGGCGGCCGAACGGCGAAGUAG